CUUUUCUUUCCCAGACAACCCAGACAACCCGCGUCACCGACGACAUCCACCAUAUCGAACCGGGAACUCGCGACGCCGAACGCCCAAAAUGGUCCGCAAACUUAAGUAUCACGAGCAGAAGCUUCUGCGGAAGCACGACUUCAUUACAUACAAACAGGAUGGCGAUCACCGCGAUGCUUCAGUGGUUCGCCGAUACAUGAUCCAGAAGCCUGAAGAUUAUCAUAAAUACAACAGACUAUGCGGCUCCAUCCGUCAGCUGGCACACAGAAUCAGUCUCAUGCCCCCGGAAAAUGCGGCCCGCCGAAAGCACGAGAAGCUGCUCCUCGACAAACUGUACGACAUGGGCGUUUUGUCUACGGCCUCGAAGCUUUCUGCUGUCGAGCACAACGUCACCGUCAGCGCGUUUGCAAGACGGCGUCUCCCCGUUGUCAUGACUCGCCUUCGCAUGGCCGAGACAGUACAGGCAGCGACAAAGCUCAUCGAACAAGGACAUGUACGUGUCGGUACGGAAACAUGCGUCGAUCCGGCCUUCCUGGUCACCCGCAGCAUGGAGGACUUCGUCACAUGGACUGUGGGCAGCAAGGUCAAGCGGAACAUCAUGAAGUAUCGCGACAAGCUGGACGACUUUGAGCUGUUGUAACACGGGACGAAUUUACUUUUCGGAUGGGUGGCUUGCCGCUUUGGCCUGGAACUUGAUUUUCGACAAUAUGUUGUGGUGUUAUGGAGUUGUGAGGACUAGGCACCGUAUUCGCCUCCUACACUGUCCCGCAUGGCGCUCCCUGAGUCGGGAUUAUGGAAAUGGAAUAAUCGGUAAAUCACAUGGCAAAGGCUGGAGGCAGACAAAUUAACCAGUUGCUAGAGUAAAAGGGGACAGAUCGAGCCGCUUGCGACUGAUGCAUGCUAUCGGAACGGUUCACUUGGUCCAGAUGCUCGACAGACUGAGGGGUAGCAGAUUCGUUUUUAUGGAGGGCUUUGUUGGGGCGAACGCCUCUCGCAGAUGAAGCAACCAGCGCCUGUCUUCAACUCUGUCAGCUCAUCAAACGCGAAGUAUGCCGAGCAAUGCCAGCGAAUCAUCGAGAGAUCCAAGCAGCAAGCACCAAAGUUUCGUCGCAGUAGCACGUCAUGCGGGCUUGUGCAGCGCCGGGCAAGGAGACGAACACUCUGGGGAGGGAUGAAACGGUCGCAAAAGUUUGGCCGUAUAUCAACCAGCUCAGCAAAUACAAGACUUGAUCGUAUGAAGAUGGCAUCGAAGGCCUGGACACGGAGCGGAAGCCACUGCCGGGCCAGGAAAGUGUCGAGACGAAGCUGGUGACAUUUGAAGAAACAACUUGCGAGAUGAAAGUCCGGAAUCUGCCCAGGGUGGCCAUGCUAUCCGAGCUC